AUGCCUCUCCUGGUUGGAAGAAGAAUUAGGCAGGGUGCUGUGAAUGUCAACAGGGAUUACGGUCUGCCGCUCCUGUUUUUCUCUGUGAUCUGUUUUGACGGUGGCAAUAGAAGGACACUCCGACCAGCCGUGACGAAGCUUUUGCUUGACCAUGACGCAGAUGCAAGGCAAACGUGUCCGAAUCUUGAAGGAUUCAAGAAAAUAGAUGCGCUCGCUUUUCUUGUCUAUAAUUGCAGGGAGUACAAAGGUGAGCUCGACGCUGAUGACGUAGAGCAAAUUGUCGACAUGCUUUUGCAGAAAGGCGCAAAUCCAAAUGGCAAGCUGGGGAACAAGCUGCAUUACAAAUUGCAAUGGGCCGAGCCUCGUUCGGAGGAGCCAUUGCUUUUUGCGAUUGCAAAACUUGGUUUGCCCCGUUACAACUUAUUUCUCAUCCUGAAAGCGUUGAUCACACGCGGGGCCAAUCCAAACGCUCGAGACCCGCAGGGGAAUACGCUUCUUGCAAUCCUUUUCACCCACGGCGUGGCUGUGCACAUUGAUGACUGGCUUUGGCUUCUGGACCAUGGCGCCAAAAUAUCCGAGUCUAUGGUUGGAAGAUCAUACAAUGAUCCUGGAUGCGAACAUGCCCUUCAAGAUCCUGCGUGCAAAAAACUGCACUACUGCGAUUGGAGGGCCAGAAAUGCGGCCUGGGAGCGUAAUCCAUCCUGGAGUUAUUGGAGCACAGCAGUUGGUCGUCUCGAGCGCUGGCUUCUUGGACCAUGA